AUGUGGUUGUUGGACAAAAUUCACGCUGUAUUCGACGCUGGCCUUCACUACUUGAAACUCAUCGAGGAUCGACAGGUCGGCUGGUUAACUCUGGACCGCAAGUCAGGCGAUUUUAAACGCGAACAACAAAGCCUUUGGAAAAAGCUAAAGCUUUUGUUGUUGUUCAAUCCUGUAAUGGAAUGGAUUGAUCGGACGCAUGCUCUGCGUCUUUGGACGCACAAGAAAAACAUCUCAGCCGAUGCCGAACAGAAUUUUGCAGGACAACGAAUGGGCACGCCACAGUCCCAUGCUCAAAUUAAAGCUUUCGUUGAUUUUUACCAUAUUGACAUGGGCGCCUUCGAACCUUCGGAUCCUGAGAGCUAUCCUACUUUUGAGGAUUUCUUCGUUCGCAAAUUUGCGCCUAAUGCAAGGCCAAUUUUUGCGCGAGGGGACCCAACUAAAGCUAUCGCCGUGGCGGACUCACGAGCAGUUGUUUACCAGACCGUUGAGAAAACCCGGGCGCUGUGGAUCAAAGGGAGCCGAUUUACAAUUGAGAAUCUGAUCAAGGACGGUAAACGCAGUGACAAAUGGAGGAACGGCCCAGUCGCCAGUUUCAGACUCAGUCCACAAGACUAUCACCGAUACCACUCCCCAGUCAAGGGAAAGGUCAAGUGGUACAAACACAUUGCGGGCGACUACCUUCAGGUCGACCCAGUGGCGCUACAUAGCUCUGUCAAUAUUCUGACCGAGAACGCGAGAGGGUGCGUUUGCAUUGAAAGUGAAGACUUUGGCGAUGUGCUCUUCGUGGCAAUCGGUGCUACGGAUGUGGGGACUGUCGAGAUCCAUGACGAAAUAAAACAAAAAGGGCACUCUGUCCAAAAGGGCGAUGAGCUUGGUCUUUUUCAGUUCGGGGGGUCAAGCAUCAUUGUGGCUUUCGAGCAGGGUCGGAUCGAGUUUGAUGAUGAUCUUGAACGGUUCAGCAAUCAAGAAGUUAUGGUGGAUGUGGAGGUUGGAAUGAGUCUGGGCAAGGCAACCCGUCCUCGCGUACCCAAGCCGCGUUGA